GUUGGGUGUGGCCUCCUUUUUAUUGUUUCCCAGUUUUUUUUCUUCUGACAGUUUUGUUUCUGUUUCUGAAAAGUUCUUGGAAGCACCAAAUUGAUCAUGAAGGAUAUAUAUAUAUAUAUAUAAGACACAACAAUAAAGGUUAAUCUUUAUAAAGGUUCAUCACAAAAGGCUUGGUGUUUCUAUACUUAGAAAUUAAGAAAAUUAUGGGGAAAUAUGCAAAAGAUGGAAAAAUGAAGAAGAAUAAAUGAGCACAGUUGUUUAACCAAUCAAACACUACUAAUACUACGUUAGUGUAAUGAAACUUUUCCUUCUUAUUAUAUCUAUUUGAUUUAAAGGGAAAUAAUCAGUUCAUGAAGGAUUAUCUUCUUCAUAAGUAUCAAAGUCAUUUCCUUCAAGCAAAACUUUUCUCAUAAUAUGUAAGUAUGUAUGUGAGGACUUAACACCUUCUAAUUAAACCUGUUAAACAAGUACCUCAAACGAGUUGUUUGGAAGUCUCUAGAAUUCCAAAGUUUUGAUUCUAUUAUUUGUGAUUUACAGCCUUAAAAUUUUAAAAUAAUAGUUUGACCCUGCAAUAGAUAAUACUAAUAAAAAAUAAUGGUAACAAUUAUCAUAGGACUAUUCUGAUUAAUAGAAACCAGCUUUUUAGUAUCCUAAUGGAAGUUGUUUCUCUGCUUUUGCUCUUUGUCCAUUUGGUUUUCCCUCUAUGCUAAUAAGUUUUGACGCUGAGAAGCUCAGGAAGUAGUAUCUAAGUUAGAAGUGACAUUUCUCAGAGGGAGAAAAGAUGGACUAUGUGUAUGGACCAGGAAGGAACCAUCUCUUUGUUCCAGGGCCAGUUAACAUCCCAGAACCCGUUAUUCGGGCCAUGAACAGGAACAAUGAGGAUUACCGUUCCCCUGCCAUUCCUGCAAUGACAAAAACUCUUCUUGAGGAUGUCAAGAAGAUUUUCAAGACUACUACCGGAACUCCUUUUAUGAUCCCUACUACAGGAACUGGUGCAUGGGAGAGUGCCCUUACCAAUACCCUGUCCCCCGGAGAUCGAAUUGUAUCUUUCCUUAUUGGACAAUUCAGUCUGCUCUGGAUCGAUCAGCAGCAGCGCCUCAAGUUCAAUGUUGAUGUAGUUGAAAGUGACUGGGGUCAAGGUGCUAACCUUGACAUUCUGGCAGAAAAACUUGCUGCUGAUCACACGCACACAAUCAAGGCCAUUUGCAUUGUUCACAAUGAGACUGCAACUGGAGUCACCAACAACCUGUCUAGAGUGAGAAAAUUGCUUGAUCACUAUGGGCACCCAGCACUACUUCUUGUUGACGGAGUUUCCUCAAUUUGUGCCCUUGAUUUCCGUAUGGAUGAAUGGGGAGUCGACGUGGCCUUAACUGGCUCUCAGAAGGCACUUUCUCUUCCCACAGGAAUUGGUUUAGUUUGUGCUAGCGCUAAAGCUCUAGAGGCAUCCAAAAGUGCAAAAUCUGUCAGAGUUUUCUUUGACUGGAACGACUACCUGAAGUUCUACAAACUGGGAACAUUUUGGCCAUACACUCCUUCAAUCCAACUAUUGUACGGGCUCAGAGCAGCUCUGGAUCUUAUUUUUGAGGAAGGACUUGACAAUGUGAUUUCAAGGCAUAGCCGCUUGGGCAAAGCAACAAGGCUUGCUGUGGAGGCUUGGGGCUUGAAGAACUGCACACAAAAGGAGGAAUGGUUCAGUGACACUGUGACUGCUGUUCUUGUUCCCCCAUAUAUUGAUAGUACAGAAAUUGUCAGAAGCGCAUGGAAGAGAUACAAUUUGAGCUUAGGUCUUGGCCUUAACAAAGUGGCUGGAAAAGUAUUCAGAAUAGGACAUCUUGGAAACCUAAACGAGUUGCAACUGUUGGGUUGUCUGGCUGGUGUGGAGAUGAUACUCAAAGAUGUUGGAUAUCCAGUUAAGCUUGGAAGUGGCGUUGCUGCUGCUUGUGCAUACCUGCAGAAUAAUAUCCCUAUGAUCCCUUCCAGGAUUUGAUGAACCUGCUAUCCAUGUAAUUACCUUUUCUUCUACCAACUGCUUCAGGGUAGUCUGUAAAAAAAAUGUUUCCCUACUUUGCUUCCCCUGUUUAAGCUUUCCAGAUCCCGUAUUAGAUAUUUUACUUACUUUAUUAUGCUCUAUUUCAUUUAUGUUUCUUUUUUGUCAUAUUUUAAGCAUCAAAUUGGCUCAAACAAGAAGUAGCAUUGUUUUAUAGA